AUGCCGCCGGAGCCUCUCCUGCGCCUGGUUGGGGAGCUUUUCCCCCUUCCGGGUGAGUAUGUCCCUCCGCGAAUGGCUCCUCGCUCCGUGAUCGAAGAAGAAAUUGUGGCUCCACCACAAAUCACGGAGCGAGAGAUGGAGAUGGCCUUUGAUCGUCUGAGGGUUAGAACCACUGCGCCGGGUCCGGAUGGGAUGCCAGGACGUGUUCUGCGAGACGCUCUGGAACACCUAGGUGGAAGGCUUCGGGAACUAUUUGACAAGUGUCUUUCCAGCGGGCAAUUUCCAAAGCCAUGGAAAGAGGGCAAGCUGGUCCUGUUGCCGAAGGUGGGGCGUCCUCUAGAAUCUCCUUCGGCAUACAGGCCAAUUCAUCUCGAGGAAGUGGGACCGGGUCUCUCAGAGGCUCAAUACGGGUUCAGGGCGGGUCAAUCAAUCACCGACGCCAUGAAAGACCGGGACCAUGGAGGUGGUGGCCCGAGGGGACGUGGUCCUGGCAGUAUUGCUGGACGUGGCGAACGCCCUCUUAUUCCACGGUCCACGUCGGGGUCCCCCUCGUGGAGCGUGUAUCACAGUCCAAGGGACAGUGAUAAAGGUGAAGGCCCAGAUGAGGUAUCUGGGUCUGAUCCUGGACGGAAGAUGGAACUUCUUAGAAGACCGCAGAGAAUUAUAGCGGUGAGAGCGGUACGAGAUUACCGUGCGGUGUCGUGGACGGUGGCGACACUUCUUGCGAGUGAUCCGCCCUGGGAACUCCAGGCCGAGGUACUCGUGGAAGUGCAUCGGUUUCGGGUGGAAGCCAGGGCGAAUGGUGACCGUCUAGGAUCAGCGGAGGUGGGGCGAAUCAGGUCUGUAGCCCAACAAGCUCUCAUUCGCAGAUGGGAGGAGGAUCUGGGAUCCCCAUAA